AUGCCCUUAGAGUGGACGCCUACUGAGAAACGGAUCCUUGUGAAUACUUGUACUACAUAUGCCUUCAGUGUGGGACAGAUCCUUCUGGUUGGAUGGGCCUACAUGAUCCGAGAAUGGCGCUGGCUGCAGUUUUCCACUUCAGCCUCAUUUGGGAUCAUUCUUCUUUUCUCCCUGGCCCUCCCAGAAUCUGCUCGUUGGCUCAUCACCCACAACAAACUCCAUGUGGCUGUGAAGACCCUUCAGAAGGUGGCAUGGAUAAAUGGCCAAAAGGAAGAAGGGAAGAAGCUCACUCCAGAAGAGAUAAUGUCCCACAUUCAGGAGGACCUGGAAACUGUGAAAUCAAACUCUCACUUUAGAACCCUUUUCCGUACUCCAGGAAUAUGCAAGAUCACCUUAUGUAUCAUGCCUGGCUGGUUUGCUAUUGGAUUCUCCUUAUAUGGACUGAUUUUGGACCUGCAGAAAUUUGGACUCAGCAUUUACUUGGUCCAAUUACUAUUUGCACUUAUAGAUUUCCCAGCAAGGCUGCUAGUGGCUAUUAGCAUGUCCUAUCUGGGACGCCGCUUCACUUUAAUCUUCUGUGCAGUUUUCUCCGGAUCCAUGAUCAUCAUUGGCAUAUUUGUGCCAGAGGAUUUGGCUGCUCUUAGGAUGACACUUACUGGGCUUGGAAAAGGAUCCUUGGCAGGUGUCAUUUCAUGUCUUUUCCUCUACACAAUGGAACUCUACCCAACUGAAAUCAGGCAGAUAGGCAUGAGUAUUGGUAGUUUUAGUUCACGCUUUGGCUCCCUGCUGUCGCCCAUUGUUUUCAUCAUUGGCAGCUAUAGCUCUAAUCUGCAGCCCCUGUUGUUUGGUAUCGUUCCCAUCCUUUCUGCCAUUGCUGCCUCCUUCCUGAUUGAGACCCAUGGUUUCCCACUGCUGGAGACCAUCCAAGAGACAGAGAACAGGGUGAAGAAGGCACAGUCUCCAAAAGCAAAUGUCAGUAAAGAUGAAGAAGAGAGACCAGUUUUGCUUCUCCCAGAAAUUCCACCAGCUGAGCACACAGUUUAA